GUUACUGUUUAUGUAAGCUGGCUUGGCUAUCCCUUUGUUUGUGUAAACUACCUUGGCCUGAAAAACCAGUUUUGCAAGUGCUUCCAAUGGCGCUGAGUGAAGGAACAACGCCUGUCUCAGGAAUGUGGCGAAGGGCCCAAAAGGCCUUAUAUGGAAAAGAUCGGGAAUAAGGAAGUAGGCUGAGCAAACGGUUAAUGUAUGCAUGAUGUAUAUGGUGCCAAGAGUAUAAAUACCUGGCUGCGUCCAGGGAGGGGCAGACUCGGCUUUGUUCGUUUCUCCACUUGCAAGUGCUUCAAUAAAACUCUAGCUUUACUUUUAAGACCGUUUCGUCUUUCCUUGAGUAAUACUGAAACCUUGUACUUGGGAGCGGAUCCUCGCCUAACAAUCAAAGAAAUAUUGUGGGUGUUUGUUACAAGUGGCAACCACGAAAGGACAGGCAACUGAGCGCCCCACGGCGUUCCGGAGGCGACGUAGCCGAGUGGAAAGAGCGCUCCGGGCCCCCUUGAGGCCUGUUCCGCGUGGUUGACGGGUGUGCCGGGACGUCGGGGUGAGCAGGCCUCUCCAUAGAAAUCGAAAUGAGUAAAGCCAGACUACGGAAGGGGAUGUUCUCUCCUCUCUCCACAGGCAUGGUCGAGAAUUCCAGAGGCUUCCAUUAGAUCUGGCAAUUCACAGCUACCGUCCAGGUGAUUGGGUCCGGAUCAAACAGUGGAAAAAGGAGCCACUCCUACCAAUUUGGGGACCAGAGAAGCAAGUCGCCCUUGUGAUGGAGGCAGCAGUAAAAGUAUUUGGAAGCGACAAAUGGAUCCAUGUUUCCCAUAUAAAGAGAGCAUCUGAACCACUUACCAUUCAGGAACCAGAGAAGAGGGUAGCAAAGGAACCUCCAACUGGCGGGGUGAACAAUCAAGAACCCAAAGCUAAGUGGUCUUCGAGAGUCGUGCCGGGCUCUGACCUGAAGCUCAAGUUCUCCAGAAGGAGGGACAGUCUAUAAUCAUGGUUCCAGUAUUGCAAUCUAGACUAGGGACGGUUUUCUCAUGUUUCCUACUUUUAAUGGUAUUGAUAUACCUGAGUUUCUUCCAUCAACCUCGGCUCCAGGCUGAGCAGGUGAGGGAUAUUAGGUCCACACCCAUCGCAGUGGAAAGGACAAAUGCAUUUGUUGAACUUGCCCAUCAAGUGUCCAAAGUAUUUAAUCUUACCAACUGCUGGAUUUGUGGGAGUCCAAAAGGUUUUCCAGAGUGGCCGUGGAUUGCAUUCCUGAUAGCACCCCGGUGGCUCUUAAGUAAUGCAAGUGAAGUACAUGUUAAUUUAAGCACCUGGACAGAACCCCACAUCUGGAGAUUACAUGAGGCUGGAGUAGGCAAAUAUUGUAUCCAACAGAACAUCACCGGGGGAGAACAGGUGGGGCACAGUAAAUGUAAUUGGACUCUGGGAUGGCGGGAGUAUUGUUUCAUUUCUACUUGCCCACUUACAAAUUGUACUACGUACGCCUCCAAAUGGAAUAACACUCACGUUCAAUUUGAAAAUGGAACAUGGUGUCCAUGUAUUCCCGAUGCACGCAACCAGAGUUCAUGUAGGACCAAGUGUUCAGCUUCAAACAUGGAUACUUUAAUACAUGAAUGUCAGGAAAGGAAUUCGACUACCCCUAUAAUUCUAAUGGAUCAGGGUUGGUUAUGGAAGCACCUUAAUGGGAUGGUUAUUAUGGGAUUUCAAAAUUAUUGGGCGAUGUGGAAUCAAGCUAAUAACAACACCAAAUGUAGUUAUAAGAAUGAGUCCCGAUUAUGGAAAUGUAGUUUCAUUUUAGGAGAAGGAUAUCGUAUUGUCACCGGCCCUCUUGGUGCAAAGGAUACAUAUUACAUCCCAUAUAAUAAGAAGUCCCCAGUUUUAUAUAACACUACUAGACCUGCGCUGAAAGGCCAUUAUUGGGUUUGCGGCCAAAAGGCAUAUGCUAUUCUUCCCCUGAAUUGGACUGGCACUUGUUACGUCGGAAUUAUACAACCAUUGUAUACCAUAAAAGGAGACAGUUUAAACCCUCUAAUUCCAGUGUUCGAUGAAGAACAACCUGAUAAGAGAAAAUGGUCCAUAGAUGUUAGCUUAGCAAAAGGACAAGGUAAUGGAUGGGGUAAUACAUGGCCACCUGAGCGAAUUAUUGCCACAUAUGAUCCAGCCUCCUGGGCACAGGAUGGUACUUAUGGAUACAGAACCCCCAUUUACAUGCUGAACAGGCUAAUUCGGUUACAAGCUGUGGUAGAAAUUCUCACCAACCAGACAGCACACGCUUUAACAUUGCUCGCUGAUCAGUCUACUCAAAUGAGAGAAGGAAUACUCCAGAACCGGUUGGCCCUGGACUACUUAUUGGCAAAGGAAGGAGGAGUUUGUAGGCUCCUCAAUCUAACGGAAUGCUGUCUCAAAAUAGAUGACAAUGGAAAGAUUGUAAAAGAUGUGGCGAAUAAAAUGAAGAAGCUUGCACAUGUGCCCGUGCAAACCUGGAAAGGGCUUGAUCUUGGGGAUUGGAAUUCGUGGUUCAACUGGUUCGGAGGAAUGAAAACAAUGGUUAUACUAGUUAUGUUAAUUUUAGUAGGAUGUAUGCUUUUACCCUGUUUGUUACCAAUAAUUAUGAAUGGCAUCCGUAGUAUAGCAGAUAAUGCAGCAACCAAGAGCAGUAUACAACUAUAUGGAAAAAUAAUGUAUCAAAGGAUAUAUAGAGAAGACCCUGGGGAUAAUUCUUCCAAGGAGAAAAAGGAAGAGCCCAUUUAGUAGAAUUUGAAAUGGGCUCUUGAGGGGGGAAUUGUAGAAAAUAAUGCUUGGCCGCAGGCAAUAAGAACAAUGCUGGUGAUUUAGUGUACAUUCCAUAGAGACGUACGUUACUGUUUAUGUAAGCUGGCUUGGCUAUCCCUUUGUUUGUGUAAACUACCUUGGCCUGAAAAACCAGUUUUGCAAGUGCUUCCAAUGGCGCUGAGUGAAGGAACAACGCCUGUCUCAGGAAUGUGGCGAAGGGCCCAAAAGGCCUUAUAUGGAAAAGAUCGGGAAUAAGGAAGUAGGCUGAGCAAACGGUUAAUGUAUGCAUGAUGUAUAUGGUGCCAAGAGUAUAAAUACCUGGCUGCGUCCAGGGAGGGGCAGACUCGGCUUUGUUCGUUUCUCCACUUGCAAGUGCUUCAAUAAAACU